CGGCUCCGGGGGGCGGGGCGUGGCGCGGCGCCAUGGCGGCGGGGCGCGGCGGCGCUGGGAUGGCCGCGCCGGUGCCGGUGGCCGUGGCUGAAGCCGGUGCCGGUACCGGUGCCGUUCCCGCCGCCACCCGGCUGCAGGCCUACGCCUGGUGCCGUGAGUUCCUGGCCGGCUCCUGGAAGCUCAUCGGCCCCGACGAGUUCGCCAUUGCGCCCGUCAGCGGUGGGCUCAGCAAUCUGCUCUUCAAAUGCUCGCUGCCCGACCACGUGCGCAGUGUCGGGGAUGAACCCCGCCAGGUGCUGCUGCGUGUCUAUGGGGCCAUCCUACAGGGCAUGGAUUCCUUGGUGCUGGAGAGCGUCAUGUUCGCCAUCCUGGCUGAGCGGGCGCUGGGGCCACGGCUGUAUGGGGUUUUCCCCCAGGGGAGGCUGGAGCAAUACGUGCCGGUACGGUGUGGGGUGUGCUGGGAUGGGA